CUUGUGUAGUUUACGAGGUCUCUCUCUCUCUCUCAACAAAACCAACACAUCCCUGGCAUGUGCAUAUGCAUAUGCAAGAUUGAGAGAUGAUAGCAGUAGCACAAAAUUUGAAUUGUCAGGUUGAUAUCUGAGGUGAAACCUCUUAGGUCUCAAAACUAACUAGAGGAGAGAAAGUUAGGUCUCAAAACUAAUGUUAGCCACCCAUUUUUUCACUCUUCAUGAUUCUUCUGAGGUUUUUGCUUGCUCAGAAGAUGGUUUCAGUAACAAUAAGAGGAAAAGAAGGCCUGUUGGGACACCAGAUCCUGAUGCACAAGUAGUUUCUCUCUCUCCCGAGACGUUAAUGGAAUCAGAUCAAUACAUCUGUGAAAUCUGCAACCAAAGGUUCCAAAGGGAGCAGAAUCUCCAGAUGCACCGGCGCCGCCACAAGGUCCCAUGGAAGCUACUGAAGAGAGAGAGUAGCUAUGCCCGGAAGCGAGUUUACGUUUGUCCAGAGCCAACUUGCUUGCACCAUGAUCCAUGCCAUGCACUUGGUGAUCUGGUGGGAGUAAAGAAGCAUUUCAGAAGGAAACAUAGCAAUCAGAAGCAAUGGGUUUGUGACAAGUGCUCUAAAGGUUAUGCUGUUCAAGCUGAUUUGAAGGCUCAUCUCAAAACUUGUGGUACCAGAGGCCAUUCUUGUGACUGUGGUCGUGUUUUCUCCAGGGUAGACAUUUUCAUGGAGCAUCAAGAGUCAUGCAAAGGUAGGACUACUAUCCACACAGAAUUGCAGUCACCAGCUCCUAGAAAUUCAAAUUCAAGCACCACCUCUACUCCAAUUUGGAACAUACCCAAUCAGAAUAAACCCGAAAUCGUGUUUUCGGUACAAAACAAUCACUCUAUCUCUAACUUCCAUCGAAAAUUAAGUCCAAAACCAUCUAUUUUUAGUCCUCCAGGCCAAUAUCAUGCCACCCAAUUAAGUCUAUCAAUUGGAUCUCUAAGUAUUAAUAAUGAAGAAAACGAAAUAAACCAUUCACCAAUAUUGAACAAUUGUGCAUGGAAAGCCUACUUCCAGCACAGGGUUGAUAUUGAAGAACAUGAAUUGGCAGCAUCAAGGUUGAGAGAGGCAGCGCAUGAGCAGCUGAGGGUGGCCUGGGAAGAGAGAGGCUUGGCAGAAGAGAGGCGGCAACAAGCAAAAUGGGUGUUUGAAUUGGCUGAGCAAGAGUUCACGAAGGCAAAGAUAAUCAGACAAGUUGCUGAAAUGGAGUUGAAUAAGGCACAAGUGCUGGAAGAUGUUGCAAGAAAGGAAAUGAAUUCCAACAUUCUGCAGAUAAAUUGUCUUGCUUGCAAGAAGAAGUUCCAAAGAUUAAAUACUUUGUGA